AUGCUCGACCGUCCCGCAGCAAGUACGACGUCUACCGAGGGCGUCCCGCGCUGGCGCUGGGCGGUUCUAAAGGACCAGAUCUAUGAAGACAACUUCCACAAGACGGCGAUGCAGAACAAGGUCAACUACGUCAAGAACGAAGUGCUCUCGCGGCCGGCGACGGCGACGUUCGAGAACAUGCCGCGCGACCUCGGCUUUGAGCGGCGCAAGCGCCAGCUCCUCGCACCAUGGCCAGCUGCAUGGACCUCGAC